AACAGUUAAGCAUCAACAAUCACUCUCUCUCUCUCUCCCUCUCUCCAUCUUCAGACGACGUCGCCGACUCCUUCCAUCGAUUGGUCCGCCGGCGACGUGAGCAGCACCUCCGGUUAAAUGGACCCGGGCCAGUACACGGGAUGGUUUGCGUUCUGCAUCGCCAUCUCCCUCAGUAUCAUCGCCCUCAUCGUUCUCUUCACCCUUGCCUCCUACCUCUGCACCCGCUUCUGCAUCCCGCCGGCCUGGACCCCGGUCACUGGUGCCGACCACUUACCUGGACCCGGGCCAGUUCACGGGAGCCAACCCCUCACGUCGGCAGUGGACGGCGGCUACUCGAUCGCGAUCACCCUCGGCCUCGACGAGGCCACGCUAGGGAGCUUCCCGAAGCUCCUCUACUCUCAGGUGAAGGGCGCAGGCUCGAGCUGCUGCUCCAUUUGCUUGUUGGAGUACAAGGAGAGGGACGUGCUGAGGCUGCUGCCGGACUGUGGCCAUUACUUCCACUCGAAGUGCGUCGAUCCGUGGCUGAGAACGAACCCCUCCUGUCCGAACUGCAGGACCUUGCCGGUCCUGACUCCGGUCGCGACGCCCCUUGCUGAGGUCCCCAUGUUGAUGGCACCGCGGCGGUGAUACAGACCGAUCAGAAGGUGGCGGAAUUGCGGGCGGAGGCUCCAGAAUCAAACAAAAUCUACCGUAAGUGAAUUGAGAUAUCUCGUGCACGAGUUCCAGCUGUUGACUGAAACUGACCGACUUCGCGCCAUUUUCGACGCUUCUUUUUCCAGUUUUUUGUAUUCUCUUUGGUUGCUCAGAUGUCGCGUUUGGCGGGUGGGCCGGUGGUUCGCCGCCGGACGAUGUACGGCGAGCACAGCAACAGCUUGAGACGAUGAUGAUGUGAUAGGUCAUAUACAAUAGAAUGAGAACA